AUAGUUGCGGGUGAAGCUCCGACAGGAAGUCGUUUUAAAAACAAACAUCAUCCGGAGAAUGAAACUGAUGAAACCUAAAAUCUGACCGUUGUUUACAUCUUCGUCCACCGGAAGUGUUGCUAACAGGGGAAAACAUCGGUGCGACACGAUGGGCAUCACGAAACUGGCCGAUUUGAUCCGCAUCGAUGCUCCUUGUGCCAUUUCUCACAAGGAUAUCGGUGACUACACAGGAAAAGUAAUCGCUCUGGAUACCUCGAUCGUGGUGAACCAGUUUCGUGCAGUGACACCAACACUAAACCCACUGACAGGUCUAUUCUUCCGCACACUCACCUUCCUGGAGCACGACAUUAAACCAGUCUUUGUGUUUGACGGAAAGCCUCCUGAGGAAAAAAUACCUGUUCUGGAGAAGCGAGCUGAAGCUGCUGGUUGGAAAUUCUCCAACGGCUUAGGAACAGCAUCAGCCCAGACCAAGGAUUGUCUCCAUCUCCUGAAGCUUCUUGGAGUCCCGUCCAUCCAGGCUCCAGGGGACGCUGAGGCACUGUGCGCCCGGCUGGUGAGAGACGGGACUGUGGACGCGGUGGCAUCAGAGGACAUGGACACGCUGCCAUUUGGAGCCAAUACUGUAAUUCGCCAGCUGAACGCCAAGAAGGACAGUGACGUAACUGAAUAUUCUUUAUCCAAGCUGUUAGAAAAACUCCAAAUCAGUCAUGAAGAGUUUGUUGACCUCUGCAUUCUGUUGGGCUGUGACUACUGUGACAAGAUAACCGGUUUUGGUCCCAGAAGAGCUCUGACACUGAUCCAGAAGCACCGUACCAUCGAGAAUGUGGUCUUGCAUAUCAACAGAGAGACUCAUCCUGUUCCACAUUUCUGGAAGUACAAAGAAGCACGUAAGAUAUUUUUGGAUGCACCAGAGACUGUAGCCCCUGAACUGGUCUGGAUGGAGCCAGACGAGGAAGCCUUGGUUGGGUUUCUCUGUCACGUCAAACAUGUAAAGGUGGAUAGGGUGCGUCGGCGAAUGGAAAAGUUCCGUCAGACACGGGAAAGCAAGCGAGAGGAGCGGAAAAAGGAAACGGCAGCAGGACGUAGCAGGCAAACCCAAAUGGAGGACUUCUUUAGAGUUACCAGAAAGAGGGAGAAGCCUGUGGAAGCGGCAGAAUCGUCAAAAAGCAACAGGAAGAGACUAAAGAAAUCAUAAGAAUGCUGCCGCUUGUCCCCAACAACAAAGGAAGGACAUUUUUCAUUCAUCUCCAUGUCCAGAUCUCUCCAAGAAUAAUUUUUCAAGUUUACUGACGGUUCACAAAUUGGUUUUAUACUAUACUAAAAUAUAAUCAUGCUACAUUCCUGUGCUUAGAGAAAUCCAGCACCAGUUUUAAUUUAAAGUACAAAUGUUUCAGUUUAUGCUUAUGUCGGAUUAUGUGCUUUUCCAAGUGCCCUCAGUAAGUAUAGGCUAAAACCAGCAUCUUGCAAGACACUGACUUCAAGACUCACGACACUCCAUGGGAGAAUUACCUCCACAGACAAUACAAUAAUCUGAUCUUGUCUGAACAGCAGUGUUUGUGACAAUGUAGUUCACUGAGCAUAGCCUCAGUGCAUCCAGCAGUUUCCUGAAAAGCCAGAGCAGGCGGCAGACAGCAAUGAAAGAGAACAGUGCGGUCACUGUCAGGGAGGACUUCCCCUAAGCCAAAACUGGAGACAGGGGGAUGUCUCAUCACUAGAUAUUCAAUGAGCACCUGUUCUGCAAAGGAUGCCAAGGAAGGGACCAGAAUUUUAGAACAGGCAAUGUGGUAUCACGUGUGAAAAAAGAGAUGGUGAGAUGUUUAAAUCCACGAAAAGAUCAUUUAGCUUUAUUUUGUAAAGACUUGUUAUACACAGAUCAUAUUUUAUUGUGUUUUUUAACAUAAUAUCUGUAUAUGCUGUUUGCCCUUUUAAUUAAAAUAACAAUUAAGUGUU